AUGGCGAGGGAAACUAUGGAAUUCCAGCAGCGGAAGAAGAAUGAUGAAGGCAAGCAAGGUCUACAUCUCGAGAAACAUUUUGAAAAAGUGAAAAUCAAUGGAAGCAAUGCAACAGUAGCAUGCAGUGAGGAGAAGAAGAAGCAAAAGGAAAUUGAAGUGGAUUUCAGUGAAACUCCACUAAAUGCAAGUCCAUCGGAGCUGAGAAGUCCAGAAUUGGGUGAGGGAUCCUCAAAAACCUCACCAAAUUCGCAGGGAACUGGGGCUGGGAGUGGAAAAUUAUCGUGGGCUGAUGAAGCAGAGAUCAUGGAGAUUGCUCAAGAGGCAAAUUCUGGGGGAACCAUAUGGGACAAUUUCGACAUAACAAAGGUAACAAAUGCUGGAUUUAAGCUAGAAUUUGUGGAACCUAUUGUACAUGAUGAGACACCUGUUUGUGAAAUUGAGACAGAGGACAUUAAAACUGAAAUUGAGUAUUGGAAGAAUGUUGUGGUAUGCUAUGUGCUAGGAGCUCACCCACCAUUUACUGUGAUUAAUGCAUAUGUAAGAAGGAUAUGGGAAAAACAUGGAAUUAAUAAAGUUUCUAUGUUGAAAAAUGGAAUAGUGAUUGUGAGAUUUAAUACUAGCAUAGGGAAGAAUGAGGUGCUUCAAGGAGAUAUGGAGUUCACUAACGAGGAGUUAUAUGCUGUGCCUAUAUGCAUAAAACUACCUGGUUUGGACUUCAAAUACUGGAGUCCCAAAGGACUAUGCAAAAUUGGUAGCUUAGUUGGAAGGCCAUUGAUGGUUGAUAGUAAUACUGAGAAGAAGAUAGGGCUAAGCUUUGCAAGGCUCCUAGUAGAAGUACAGAUGGAUACUAAACUACCAGACAAAGUGGUGUUCAAGAAUGAGAGGGGGCUAUUAAUGGAGCAAAAAGUACAAUAUGAUUGGAAGCCUACUCUAUGCAAAGUGUGUAGGAAGUAUGGACAUGAUGAACAGGUGUGUAAAAACAAAAAACAUGCAGUAGAACCUAAGCCAACAGAUGAGCAACAAGUGGUAGGAGAGGCAGGUCUAACAGGGAAGCAGGACAAAUCAUCAAAUAGCAAGGAAGGGGGAAGGAAUAAGCAAAGUCCAAGACAAUACAAUAGAGGAAGGGGGGAAAAGAAUUCAAGAGAACCAGGGUACUACUGGUUGGACAACACCAAGUAA